AGGCAAUGCAAGAAUCCAAGGCAUGACAAAGGACCUGAAGCUGGUCGGCAAUGAUUACAACAUCGCCCUUUUCAUCUUCUUCCCUUCCUACAUCGUGUUUGAGAUACCCGCCAACAUUCUGAUUAAACGACUCGCGCCGUCGACAUGGCUGGCUGGGAUCAUGGUCUGCUGGGGCCUCAUAACAAUAGGGCAAGGCUUCGUGACGACCAAAGGUGGCCUGUUCGCGAUGAGGUUCAUGCUAGGCUUUUUCGAGGCCGGCUUCUUCCCUGGCUGCACUUACCUUAUUGCAAUGUACUACAAGCGCUACGAGCUGCAAUGGCGCCUUAAUCUUUUCUUCAGUGGCUCGAUCCUCGCUGGUUCGUUCUCCGGGCUUCUGGCUUACGGCAUCGCGCAUAUGAACGGCAUCCAUGGUUACAGUGGUUGGCGAUGGAUUUUUAUCAUCGAAGGUAUAAUGACCGUCGUCAUCGCCAUAGCAUGUAAAUGGCUUAUCGUCGACUGGCCUGAGAAGGCGAAGUUCUUGAAUGAUGAGGAGAAGAAAAUGCUCGUAGCUCGCCUAACCGCCGAUGUUGCGGACGCGCGCAUGAACCGACUCGAUAAGCCAGCCAUCAAACGCAUCUUCUCCGACUGGAAGAUGUACGUUGGGACGCUUAUGUACCUCGGCGUGGUCAAUACUGGAUAUGCUACUUCCUUCUUUACUCCAACCAUCUUGACGGAACUCGGUUACAAGGCCGAAGCCGCCCAAGUACGCAGCAUCCCGAUCUUCAUUGUCGCUGCGGUAAUGUGCCUGAUUGUCGCAUUCUGCACUGAUCGCCUUCGCCAUCGCUACGCCUUCUGCAUCACCGGCAUCUGCGUGGCUACUUGCGGUUAUGUGAUGCUGCUGUGCCAGCAUCGGAUUCCAGUCGGCGCGCGCUACGCUGCCAUCUUCCUCAUCGUCAGCGGCGGGUAUAUGUGUCAGCCCGUCACGAUCGGCUGGCUGCAGAAUACUAUGGGUGGACAUUAUAAGCGUUCCGUCGCUGCGGCAUUCCAGGUUGGGUUUGGCAAUAUGGGCGGUAUUGUGGCAUCCAAUAUUUUCAUCACGAAGCAAGCACCGGCAUACCGAACUGGCUACGGGACAAGCUUGGGCUUGUUGUGGAUGUGUGCUCUUGCUUGCACUGGAUUUCUGAUCGGUUUGAUGAUCGAGAACAGGAAGAGAGACCGUGGUGAGCGGGACUGGAGGCUUGACACGCCGGAAGCUGACAACUUGGGUGACGAUCAUCCACACUUCCGGUUUACGUACUAAGGUACAUGAUAAAAGAUAGCAUCUCAGAUGUACAUACUCCGCCGCUUAAACGCAGGCACGCAAAGCAUAUCCAGUCGCAACCGCUCGCAUUCCUUACCCUGGGCCAUGCAACUCCUCCAGAUACUCGACUCAACCGACGUCUUGAAACCGUACCACCCUUCUCAUGACUGGGUCACUACCGAGUUCGCUGGAAGCACCACGCCUCCGUUCGAAGCGACGCUGUCGGGCUUCUCGUGCUUCUCGC